AUGUCAACGUCCAAACGCCGCUCCGCAUCCAAGCGCAAGACAUCCGCCGGCGCCACUUCCGACCCGAAAUCGGCGGCGGCGGCGAAUUCCCAGCUAUCCAACAAGGUGUUCAGCAAAGAAGACGAAAUCAACCUCCUGAAAGCGCUGCUGGAAUCCACCACCGACCCCACCGUCUCCCUCCCGCUGGGCCACCACGUCUCCGAGACUCAGAUCGCGGCGAAGAUUAAGCGGAUGAAAGAGCGGUACCACAAGCUAGCCAAGUCCAAGUCCCGAAUCAAGACCGCUCACGACGAAGAAGUUUACCAAAUUGCUCGCCUGAUCUGGGGGAAACAGGCCAAGAAACCCGCCCCACUCAUGGUCAAAAUUUCCGAAACCGCCGCCGAGGAACCCUCGCCGGAAAUUGAAAAACUUCCCGACGGCGAAGAUUUGGGGGAAAAUGCGGAAAAGGAGAACGGAGACGCGACUGGAGAGGUGGAUUUGGGGGAUUUUCCAUAUCUGGUGGAGCAAAUGGCCGUGAAUUUCACGGGAAAUGAUAUGUACUUGAUGGGGUUAAGGCAAUUGGGUUCUAGAAAGCUCGAGGGCAUGAAUGAGCAGUGGAAGGGGUUAAUGGAGGAAGAGGCUGAGUUCAUAGCUAAGAAGGCUCAGUUUUAUCAAGAGUUGAAGGCUGCAUUGGCUUUCAAGAAUUGA